ACUACAUUUCCCAGGAUGCCCCUGGACCCGUGCGCAGGCGCAGUGGGUAACGACGGCGCCGGUCGUUUUCCCAGGAACCGGCGGGUCACUCACGCUCACCCCGUCGCUGCCCGCAGGUCUCGGUCUUGCAGUUGGAACUCCUUGGCUCUGCCUCGUCGUGUGUCGCUGCGGGCGGGAGUCAUGGCCUUGCCGCUGCGGUUCGACGGGCGGGUGGUGCUGGUCACCGGCGCGGGGGGAGGAUUGGGCCGAGCGUAUGCCCUGGCUUUUGCAGAAAGAGGAGCAUUCGUUGUUGUGAAUGAUUUAGGAGGAGAUUUUAAAGGCGUUGGAAGAGGCUCUGUAGCUGCCGAUAAAGUUGUGGAAGAAAUAAGAAGGAGAGGAGGCAAAGCUGUGGCCAACUACGAUUCAGUGGAAGCGGGAGAGAAGAUCGUGAAGACAGCACUGGACGCUUUUGGAAGAAUAGACAUUGUGGUCAACAAUGCAGGAAUUCUGAGGGACCGUUCCUUUUCUAGAAUAAGUGAUGAAGACUGGGAUAUAAUCCAUCGAGUUCAUUUGCGGGGUUCAUUCCAAGUGACCCGGGCGGCCUGGGACCACAUGAAGAAGCAGAAUUACGGAAGGAUCAUUAUGACUUCGUCAGCCUCAGGAAUAUACGGCAACUUCGGCCAGGCAAAUUACAGUGCUGCAAAGCUAGGUCUUCUAGGUCUUUCCAAUACCCUGGCGAUCGAAGGCCGCAAAAGUAACAUUCACUGUAACACCAUCGCCCCCACUGCCGGGUCCCGGAUGACUCAGAGUGUUAUGCCUGAAGAUCUGGUGGAAGCCCUGAAGCCUGACUACGUGGCGCCGCUAGUCCUCUGGCUCUGCCAUGAGAGCUGUGAGGAGAACGGCGGCUUAUUCGAGGUUGGAGCAGGAUGGAUUGGAAAAUUGCGCUGGGAGCGGACCCUGGGCGCCAUUGUGAGGAAGAAGAAUCAGCCAAUGACUCCGGAGGCGGUCCAGGCGCACUGGAAGGAGAUCUGCAACUUUGACAAUGCCCACAAGGUGCAGACUGUCCAAGAAUCAACUGCCAGUAUAGUCGAAGUUCUGAGUAAAGUAGAUUCAGAAGGAGGAGUUUCUCCAAAUCGUACCAGUCACGCAGCGUCGGCCACAUCAGGAUUUGCUGGAGCUGUUGGCCAUAAACUCCCUUCAUUUUCCUCUGAGUAUACGGAGCUGGAAGCUAUUAUGUACGCCCUUGGAGUGGGGGCAUCAGCCAAGGAUCCCAAGGAUUUAAAAUUCAUUUACGAAGGAAGUUCUGAUUUCUCCUGUUUGCCUACCUUUGGAGUUAUCAUAGCGCAGAAAUCUAUAAUGGGCGGAGGAUUAGCAGAGAUUCCUGGGCUUUCAAUCAACUAUGCAAAGGUUCUUCAUGGGGAGCAGUACUUGGAGUUACAUAAACCGCUGCCCAGAACAGGAAAAUUAAGAUGUGAAGCGGUUGUUGCUGAUAUCCUAGAUAAAGGAUCUGGAGCAGUCAUUCUUAUAGACGUACAUUCUUAUUUUGGGAAGGAGCUUAUAUGCUAUAAUCAGUUCUCUAUCUUCCUGGUUGGCUCUGGAGGUUUUGGGGGAAAACGGACAUCGGGCAAAAUCAAGGAAGCUGUAGCCGUACCUAACAGACCUCCCGACGCCGUGCUGACAGAUGCCACCUCCCUCAAUCAGGCCGCUUUGUACCGCCUCAGUGGAGACUGGAAUCCCUUACACAUUGAUUCCAACUUCGCUAACCUAGCAGGUUUUGACAAGCCCAUAUUACAUGGGCUAUGCACGUUUGGAUUUUCGGCCAGACAUGUCUUACAGCAUUUUGCCAAUAAUGACGUGUCCAGAUUCAAGGCGAUUAAGGCUCGUUUUGCAAAACCAGUAUAUCCGGGACAGACUCUACAAACUGAGAUGUGGAAGGAAGGAAACAGAAUUCAUUUCCAAACCAAGGUCCAGGGCACUGGGGACAUUGUCAUUGCAAACGCGUACGUGGACCUCGUGCCGACAGCGGCUGUCCCCGCGAAGACGCCCUCUGAGGUCGGGGAGCUUCAGAGCACCCUGGUGUUCGAGGAGAUAGGUCGCCGCCUGAAGGACGUUGGGCCUGAGGUGGUGAAGAAGGUCAAUGCCGUGUUCGAGUGGCACAUCACCAGAGGGGGCAGCCUCGCCGCCAAGUGGACGAUUGACUUGAAAAACGGUUCUGGAAAGGUGUAUCAAGGCCCUGCGAAAGGUUCUGCCGACACAACCAUCAUCCUCUCAGAUGGAGAUUUCAUGGAUGUGGUCCUCGGCAAGCUGGACCCUCAGAAGGCGUUCUUCAGUGGCAGACUGAAGGCCCGAGGGAACAUCAUGCUGAGCCAGAAGCUCCAGAUGAUCCUCAAAGACUACGCCAAGCUCUGAAGGCGCGCCGCACUGUUCAUAAAACCAGAAUAAUUAAAUAUUCUCUUCCCCCAGAGACGCGUCAUUAUUCCAGCACAAGUGAUCAAAACUAAGAUACAGGGGAAAUUGCUUCACAUUUUCAGAUUUUAGACAACUGUUCAGAUUUUCAUUUUCUACUAAUUUUUCAUGUAUGAUUAUUUUUACAAGGAACCGUAAGCUGGUACAUAAUCUCCUUUUGUUCUCAGAUCUGUAUCUUCAUAAUAAAAAAUAUUCACCCAAAUCGAGUUUCUUUAGAAUCUGUGAUAACACAUACAAGUUGAAAGGAAAAUUAACUGAAUAAAAGCCGCUUUGAUACCUUUUACACUUCA